AUGCACGCCAUUCGCGGCAUGUUGCUGAUCAGCUGGCUGGCGGUGUUCGUCGGCGCGUGCAUUCGAAUGGUGCCCGGCGAGACGGCCGGAUUGAAUCCGUUCGUCGGACGCGAGCCGUCCAUCGAACAACACCGACGGGUGUUCGAGGAAUCGAAAAAAUCGUUGAGGCCGCAUCACGACGAGCCAAAGAAAGCUGAGCAAAACGCCAUCGAGCCACCCAAGAGGACGCCGCCAAAAGCGUUUGGCGCGCCAACGAAAAACGAUGUUGAAGGCUCCGGCGAGGCUUUAUCAGAACUUCAUCGCAAUUCGAUUUGGACGUCGAAAGAGACGAACAUUUGUGAUUCAUGCCCGGAAAUAUGGAUGAACUCGGAAACGCCGAUGAGCAAUUUGUGUUCGAAUCAUAAAUCGAUUGUCGACAAUUUCACGAUGGACGUCGACACGAGGAAGCCGACUACCGUCGAUGAUACGAAUGACGCCAUCGAGUGCACACGACAAACGUUCUGCACCGAGCCAUACAUGUUGGUCAAAUGGGCCGAUUCGGACCUUUGCGACGUCCAUUCAAAAACCCAUAACGAUCAAUCUCGCACGUUCACCUACAAUUGCAAUGGGACCCAUUGGUUCAUGCAAGGGUUCCCAAUUGAAAGUGUCGUAUGCGCCCGUCAAUUAUAA